AUGGCGGACACCAAGUCCUCCCUCAAGCCCAUCAAGCUCUACGGCCACACCGGCCCCAACCCACCCAAAGUGUGCAUGCUCCUGACGGAGCUCGGUCUCCCCUUCGACCUCGACAUGAUCCAAGUCCAAGAAGCCAAGCGUCCCGAUUUCGUCGCCAACAUCAACCCCAACGGCCGUCUCCCCGCCAUCGUUGACCCCAACACCGGCCUCACCCUCUGGGAAUCCGGCGCCAUCCUCGAAUACCUGACCGAGACCUACGACAAGUCUCACAAGCUCUCCUUCCCCGCGGGUUCCACAGACUUCUACCACGCCCGCCAAUGGCUCUACUUCCAGACCACGGGCCAGGGGCCGUACUUCGGGCAGGCGGUCUGGUUCAAGAAGUACCACUCUGAGCCGUUGCCCAGCGCGGUGGAGCGUUAUGUGAAGGAGGUUAAUCGGGUUACGAGCGUGAUUGAGGGUCAUUUGCAGAAACAAAAAGAGAAGUAUGGAACGGAGGAGCCCUGGUUCGUGGGGAAUAAGUACAGUUAUGUCGAUAUCGCGUUCGUGCCCUGGCAGCAUGGUAUGUAUCUCAUUUUGAGCAGGGAGGAGUAUGAUGAGACUAAGUACCCGCUUGUGCAUGGCUGGUUGGAACGGCUGAGGGCGAAGGAAAAUAUUAAGGAGGCGUUGGAUGUUAUGUUUACUGGACGGCCUAAGAAGGAGGAUGGGGAGGAGAAGAAGGAGUAA